AUGGCGCAUACAAAUAAAUUAACUUUUUUUAUUACAAUUUUUUCAUUUUCCCUAUUAAUAUGGACUUUCCACGAUGCUCAUACGGCAGAUAUCUCUGCAAAAUCAGUGAAUAAUACAAAAUAUCAUAAUCAUAAGUUUGAUUUAGGUACGAGAAGAUUUUUUCUGGGACCAAUGUAUUAUAAAGGUGAUGAAUCCAAACCCAAACAUUAUAAAAAAUCUUGCUUUUCCAAAUUAUUAAGAUGUUAUGAUACAUCCAAAUAUCAGGAUAUUAUUUUAAAUUCUUAUAAUCCAACAGUAUCAUUUGAUUAUAUUAUAAAAUUAUACACAGAAUUAAAAGAAGAAGCAAUGCAAAUUGAAGGAUACGAACCAAGAGCGAAAGAAAUAGAAGAUUAUAUAAAUGAUCUUUUAUAUUAUUUAAAAUUGAAAUAUAAAAAUAAAAUUAAAAAAACGCCAUUUCCUAAAAUAGAAAAAUACGAAAAACUUUUAGAUAUUGUAUCUAGCCCAAAAACUAAAAGCUUGCUUAGACUUAAUAUUCCAAGUUUAGCAGAAUCAUACUAUUUAUUUUCGUAUAUCCCACACUUAGACCCUUCAAUAGAUGAAGUAAUUUUAUGUGAAUUAAUUACACAAGCAAACCAUAUAUUAUCCUUACAUAAAAAAAAUUCAAUAAUGGUGAAUAGAGUAUGUAGUCCAAAUAAGUAG